AUGCGUGCCACUUUUGCUCUCCGCAGCGCUGCCCGCACCCCCCUCAUCCGGUUCCUCGGCCGCCGUUCCGUGCCUCAGUCCGUUGACCACACCCCCCGUCCUCACCCCGCUUCUCCUUCCGGAAUUCUCCCGGACUCUUUCGCCGCCUACCGCAUCAAGGCUCAGCAGCACGGCCCCCUUGGCCGUGCCUCUUUCUCUCAGGGCAUUGGCCGCAGCGCUGGUGCCUCCCUGGGCCCCGUUCAGCCCAAGCAGGGUGAAUUUUUCGACCGCGACGAGCUUCCUGCCCGUUUCCACCGCCUUCCCUGGUCCGAGGCCGAGAUUGAGGCCAUUGAGACCGGCGGUGCCAGCCUGUUCGCGUAG